AUGGAUGUGUGCCGGGCGCGUGUGAUGGGCGGUGAAGCUGCAGGCGGCGGGAGGCCGGCCGCCGUGGCCAGUCUGGGACGGAAGCUGGGUGCCCGAACUGCGUUUGCCAUCUUCCAGCAGCACGGAGACCACCACGACAACGACGACGACGAUGACGACAGCCACCAUCACCGGAGGAGGAAGAGUGCCGUGGAACUUUUGGCUGCGUCGAAGCACUGCUACGUGAAAUCGAAAGCCGUCCUGGACUCGAAGCAGGAGCUCAAGAACAGCCAACACCUGUACGUGAAAACAGACAUUCCACCGUCCUUUGGUCUUCUGCUCAAAUCAGCAUCCUUUCGGAAUCCCGCUCCUCCGCCGCCGACGUCGUCUUCCCUGUUGUCGACACCGAAUCCUUCCGUCGAUGUCGUAGCUUCCAAGGUGGUGGUGAAGCAGGAGGAGACGACGACUGCACGAUUCGUGCAUCACCCAAACUUCCGCUACAUUGCGCGGACGGAGAGCGCGGUGCCGAAGCAGUCGGCGCCGCCGUUGCCGCCCAAGAGCCCAGUGUGUUCCAAACAACCGCAGCAAAUGCUGCUGCCGGCGCCGCUUUUGUCGUCGUCGACGUCAUUGUCGUCACCGCCUCCGCUGCCGCCGAAAAAGGGGGCACCGACACCGCCUCCUCGUCCAUUGAAACCCCCGUUCAGCGUGGAAGGGAAGUUGCGGGAGUUGAUCAGUGAAUGCGACGAUAUUGGUAUUGAAAACAACACGGACGACGAUAAGCCGCCAACGCCGCCUCCGCGUCGCACGUGUGGCGGUAAUGUGACGAUGACCUCUGCCACGUUGACGACGGCGCGCAGUCCCGCGACGUCCGACUACAUCUCAGGCUCGCCGAGCUUCUGCCUCGACCAAAUGUCCAACUUUGACACGACCGGGGAUUUCGUCGCGCAAGAGGACGAAGAGGAGGCAGGAAAUGUGCGCCAGCAGCGGAAUCCGUCGAGUGCGACCACAGAGGAUACAAAUGUGAUGAGAAAGCGGUUCUCGUCAUCGUCCCAGUCUGAUUCCGACGGUGGCAUGCGAAGGCGUGUGGAACAAGACGCUGAGCUUUUGCCGCGACCGGCAACUAUUGUCCGUUCCAAGUCUGACAUAAGCCAUCGGUAUUCGCGAGGUUGUGGCGGCGGCGACGCUGACUUCCGAAUGGGCCCACCGCAAGAGCACCUGGGACGCCGCCACGUGACACCCGGGGAGGCGGAGCAGUUCUUCAACCAGCUCGGACUGCAUAGUCAGGGCGUGCCGAUCCACUUGACGUUGUCGGACCACAGUUCGCCCGUCUUCUUCGACUCCAUCUCGGACACGACAGGCAGUUGUUCUCGGGCCAGUCCGUCGGACCCCUGCGGUGGAGACGGUGGGGGCAUGUGUGGAGCUGUGCGAAGACCACCGCUGCCCGGCGGUGGGGGUGGUGCUGUCGUUGGCCCCAACGGACAGCAUGCCGACUGCAGCAUUGUCGAGAAGAAUGCCCGGAUCAUCAAGUGGCUAUUCCAGUGUCGACGCGCUCAGACUGCCGUUUGAAUACCUGAAUCCUCACCUCCCUUGUGAUUUAUCAUGCCUCUUUUUUUUUUUUUUUUGCAUUCUUCAGAGUUUCAUAAUGCAACACAGGACAGUACAGUAUAUACAUGUAGCUUCUCUUUGAAGUUGAAUCGAAUCAGUUUUGCGAUCUUGGCGUUCGCUUAAUUGUAAGAUUUUCGAGUUCAUAGUCCGUUUAGUGCGAUUUCUGAUGAGGAACUCGGCUCAUUUCCCCCGCCCUUGUUUUCUCACGUGGACAGGAAAAGAGAAAAAAAACCAAGAAACUCGGACUUCUGCUGAUGUUAGCAGACUGUGGCAGUUUUAGUGACAGCUGUGUUAUUGGAAAGGAUUGAAGUUUAUAAGCUGCAGUAUUUGAACUACAAAAAUAUUUGAAGGCUCUCUUGUUGCAAGCAAUCGUGGAUUUUAUGUUGUGAUAACAGGUCUUUUCGCCAAAGGAUGUAUUUCUAGCGUUUCUGGAUGACGAGAGGUCGUCUCAUAUCUGUGAAAUUUCCAAUUCGAGCCACUGCCAUGUUCCGUCGCUUUGUUCUUUUAUUCUUCCGGAUUUUCAGCGAAGAAAUGUUUUUUUUUUCAUUGGCGUCGUGGUUCUGGGUUGAAAAAGUUUAGCAAAUUCGGUCGUUGAUUGAUAUGCUGUGAUGGCAAAAAGGGUCCGUAUCUGCGUGCCCGCUUGAGUUGUGUUUCGUCUGACUAUUUUUGUUGGAAUUUUGUCGUCUCCUCGUCUCUGUGAUAUAUGCACUAGUUUGCUCUCUUCCUUCCGCGUCUCAGAAGUGUGCACUGUGGUUGCUGUGUUUGGCACUUCAAAGACAUUGUUUCUUCCUUUUUUGCGUUUUUUUUUUUUUGUGGAGGGCAAAUUGCGAUU